GCCAAUCUUGUUGAGGUGGCCCCUCGAAACCCCUCAGGUGGUCCCCGUGAGCCCGAGACGCUGUUCUCAGUUAAAAACCGCCUCGGUUCUCUCAGCCCGGGCAGUCUGCAAGGAGUCCCUGUUGAAAACAAGUCCCACAGACAUCCGGACUCCUUUAGGCCCCGUCGGCUUCUUCCAGCUCCACGACAGAGCGAAAACAGCCACAGGAGAAGCAGGAGCCCAGCCAUGGCUGAACGGAGGAGCUUCUACGGGGUGCUGGUCGCCACCCUUCUGGUCGUGAUGCUGCUGCCUGCGUUCUUGUCUGCAGGGCCUGUUCUGCAAAGGUCCAAAGGAGAUGCGGGGGAAAGUAUCCGGGAAAAAGCGGAAGCUGCAGCUUCACACAGGAGGCUGAUCCGAAACCGCAGGAACAUCAGCUGGUACAAACAGCACUCUGACUUCUGGGCCUGGUACAAGUAUUUCACAGACAACGGCAACCAGGAGGCGGUUCAGGAAAUGGACAAGAUCUACCUGGCCUAUCUCCAGAACAAGAACCGCGCUGAGGCGCGCCGCUCCUACAAGGCCUACCUUCGCCACUUGGGGGAGAUAUACAAGUCCUGCGCCGAAUCUGAUGAUCCCAACUGCGUGGCGGCGUACACAACCAGGCCCAAAUCCAAACCGGAGCCCCCCAAACCAGCACCCAUAAAGACAUGUGACCCAACAAGGGACGUUCAGUGCAUGUAUAUGGCUCUAGCUCAGGGUAAGAACCCCUACAUGCCCCUGGUGGUCCCAGCUGCCCCCGCAGCCCCGGUCAAGGCCCCCGCUCCUUUGUUUGCUCGGGCAGCUGCUCAAGCAAAGGAACCAGCGACAGGACAUUAUUACUAUGCUCCAGCUGCGCCGUCUUUCCUUACCAAGGAGCAGAAGGCUGAGCUGUUGCGUAUCUGCUCUGCGGAAGACGUGGAGUGUCUGCAGUACCACCUGAGAGCUGCCUAUGGGUAUGGUCCAUCUGCCGGCCACGCACCAUCGUACAGACACCUGGGCUGUGACCCAAGGACAGACCCUGCCUGCAAACACAAGCAUGUUCAAAAGGCCCCCUCCAGUCCCUACCUUCAGUACCCGGGCUGUGAUCCCCUCCGGGACCCUUACUGCGCCCACGCUGGCUCUCUUGUGGCGCCACGUGGUCCUAACCCUGCUCCCGCUGGUCCUGGAUCCUGCAACCCUCUUUUUGAGGAUAACUGCAACCCUCUGACUGCCACCAGAUUCUCGUCUCCCCCAGACGAGUACAGAAGUGACGAGAGAGACGAUGCAGCUGCCAUCCGUGCGGCUCCACCCCCUGCAGAGCCGAGUGACCCCUACGCCAUGUUCAGGGAUGCUUAUGCCAAUGCCAACAGAGUUACGGACCCGUACGCCAUGUACCGCCAGCAUCCAACCCCUGCCGCUCCUCAUUCUCCUGAUCCAUACAACAUUCUCCGCCAGUUAAUGUCCCAAGCUCGGGAUAGUGACCCGUAUGCUCCACGCAUGUCUGCUCCUGAAUCUAACCCUAAUCCUUACUCUGCGGUCCGGGAAGCCAUGAACCGUCAGAGCUCUCUCUCGCCCAUGCAGCGCUAUCCGCUUUCCAAUCCCAGCCACGAGGAGCAACCCCAGGAGGAGCAUCACCCUCUGGGACCGCCAGGGAAAACCAAAGAGGGCUAUGACUGCUUCAUUGGUUACGACCAUGAAUGCUUCCCAGUAAGACCCAGCCAACCUCGCUCCGGAGAUCCUCGUCGUGCUCUCUACCCCGCCGAGGCUUACCAACCCUCCCAGAAUGCAGAUAGUGCCCGCAUUGGUGUCCUGGAGCCAGACAACCCUGACUGCGACCCAGAGUAUGACCGUGACUGCCGCCUGCGCCGCUACGAGCCAGAGCAACCCCAACCCGAACAUCACACCAAUGAGGACCAUGGCCGAGGCAGGGGAGAGUCCGAGCAGCACGGACAAGACCAGUACGAGGCCGAACCCUACCAGAGCGGUCAGGAGGAGCCUUAUAUGACCUACCCGCCUCACUCGCAGGGUAUGCCCAGCCUCCAGGACAUCCUCAGGAGCUACGGAGACCGCUUCCCCGAACAGGACGACCACAGAGCUUACGCAGACAACUACCGCAAAAAGUAAAAGGUGCGCGAUGCGCAUGCAAGCAGCAGGACAUAAACCACGCCGUCCCAUGCGUUCAUGUAGCUCAGACCUUGAAUGCCUUAUGCAGCCAGCAGUCAGCUCUGACUGGUCAGGAAACGGGACUUAGGUAAAGUCUGUAGAGCUAAAGAGCAAGAACACGCACGCAAUGUCCAGAUAUAACCGUCAGCCGAAGGAGCACCUCAGAAACAUUGCUGAAAAUCUGCCUACACAUGUCUUUGUAUGACUUUAGAUGCUUCAGACCCAUUCGGUGCAUUUGGUUUUCUCACUUCCACCUUAAACCUCAUUCUCCCACUAUUAUUUCCUUAUCUCAAUCUUUGCUUCUGAAUCUAUGCUCUAAACCUUUUAAAGUUUUAUCUGUUGCUAUCAGCGAUUGAUUUUGUAAAGAUUUUUUUUGUCUUCAUUUCAAAUGUUCCAAUAAAAAAAACAAAACUAGAAUCUCUUGGUGCAAUUUGUCUAGAGAAAAUCUGUAACUCAUUGCAGCAACUUCACGCAUAUCAAAUAAAGAUAUUUUCAUUAGA